GCCUUCCCACCCCUAUCUUCCAGCCGCUCUUCUUCACGAUCUCCAUCGCCUUCCCACGUCUGCUUCCACGAUCUCCAUCGUUCCUCCUCCAUCGUUGGUCGUUGCUUGGUCAUCGUCGCUGUGGUAUUUCCCUCAAUCGUAUCUCCAUCUCCGCAUCUCUCUGUCGUCUCCAUCUUCUGUCUCACACAUAUUCAGGAUCUAUGUCAAGCAUCUGUGUAUGUGUGUGAUUACCAACAAAGUGAAAGAAGUUCAGUCAUAUGUGCCAGUAUGGGGCUGAACGACGUUUCUCUUGGCCAUCAAUUCCAUACACUUGUUAUCAAAGGCAACCUCUUUUGGAGCGUAUUCGUGUCCAAUGCCUUUCUUGACUUUUACUCGAAACACAAUUGUAUUCAUGAUGCGAAAAGACUCUUUGAUGAGAUGCCGUUGCGGGAUUGUGUAUCUUACAAUGUGAUCAUCACUGGAUUUGUUUGGGCUGGAAAAGUGAAAGAAUCUCUAGAUAUCUUCCAUGAAUUACAAUCGACUAGCUUCAACAGGAAACAGUUUCCUUUUGCAACAAUGCUGAGCCUAGCAGCAACCGAACUUAAUCUAAAAAUUGGCAGGCAAAUACAUGCUCAGGCCAUGGUGACAGAGGCCGAUUCAGAUAUUCUAGUCGGCAAUGCCCUGGUGGACAUGUAUGCAAGAUGCGACAGUUUUGAGGAAGCUAAAGCGAUCUUUGCAAGCCUCCCUGAUAGAAGCGCAGUUCCAUGGACUGCUAUAAUCUCGGCAUACGUUCAAAAAGGGUUUUACGAUGAAGCUCUUCAGUUUUUCAAGAAAAUGCGUCAAGAUUAUGUUUAUGGGGACCAAGCAACUUUCGCGAGCACCUUAAGAGCUUCUGCGAAUCUGACAUCUCUUUCUCUAGGGAAACAGUUGCACUCUGCCAUGGUCGCAUUAGGUUGUAUCUCCAAUGUUUUCUGUGGCAGCUCUCUUGUGGACAUGUAUGCAAAAUGUGGGCACAUAAAAGAAGCAAUACAAGCCUUCAAAGAAAUGCCUGUUAGGAAUAUAGUCUCAUGGAAUGCAAUGAUAUCGGCUUAUGCACAAGAUGGGGAUGGCGAAGCCACACUAAGGACCUCUGAGGAGUUGGUCAAGUCGGGUCUCCAACCAGAUUCAGUGAGCUUUCUUGGCAUUCUAACUGCUUGUAGCCAUCGUGGGCUUGUUGAACAAGGACUUGCUCACUUCAAGUCCAUGACUCAAAGACACAGACUCACUAUCAAAAGAGAACAUUACACAUCCAUGGUUGAUCUGUUGUGCAGAUGUGGACAAUUUGGGGAAGCGGAAAGAUUAAUGAAUGAAAUGCCAUUUGAGCCUGAUGAAAUCAUGUUGUCUUCGGUUAUGAGAUCGUGUAGGGUUCACAAGAAUCAAGAUUUUGCCAAAAUGGCUGCAGAUGCUCUAUUCAGGAUGGAGAUUCUCAGGGAUGCAGCUCCAUAUGUCAACAUGUCUAAUAUAUAUGCAGAAGCAGGACAAUGGGAAGAUGUUAGUAAGGUCAAGAAGGCAAUGAAGGAUAGGGGAGUUAAGAAGGUAACUGCAUACAGUUGGGUUGAAGUGAACCACCAUGUUCAUGUUUUUACUGCAAAUGAUAGAACUCAUCCUCAAAUUGAGGAUAUUAGGAUGAAGAUUGAUGUUUUGGGGAGGAAGAUGGAAGAGGAAGGAUACAAGCCGGAUACAAGUGUCAUCCUUCAAAAUGUGAAUGAGGAAGUUAAAGUAGAAUCGCUUAAAUAUCAUAGUGAGCGGCUGGCAAUUGCUUUUGCACUCAUGAGGGCACCAGAAGGGUCACCGAUUGUAGUGAUGAAGAACUUGCGAGCUUGCGUGGACUGUCAUGCUGCAAUCAAGGUGAUUUCGAAAAUUGUUGGGAGGGAUAUCGUAGUUAGGGACUCGAGCAGGUUCCACCGGUUUAGAAAUGGAUGUUGUUCAUGUGGGGAUUAUUGUUCAGUUGAGAUAUUCAAAAGAUCAGUGAUGAUCAUCUUCCAAGUUAAAAAUUUCUCAAGAACACGGCAAUUUACCUUGAUCAAACUUCUAGUCAGGCUUGGCUGAUGUCAAUUCUGUUUCAUCGAGCUGUGCCCAUGGUUAAAACUUAAAAGAAUGGUAGCAUUGAUGCUCGUUCAUAAGUUAAUGACACAAUACACAGUGUCAACUAUUUCCCAUCAAUCCGGGGUUCCACAAACUGCACUUCCUAAAGCGCCUCCAAGAACUCGAUCAUUAUAUGCUUUAAUUACCCUCGGACAAAAGGUAAGUUUUUUACCAUAUUCAAAAGCAUAAAUAGUUAUUUUUGAUCGUUGGUUUGAUUGGUUGAUGAAGAACUCAAGUUUCGUUUCCAAUCAGUUGGGUUUGCUGUGGAAAUUUUAAGACUUUUCAUGCAGAAUACUGAAUACUUACCAAAUAGCCAUUUUUCAUCAUGCAUUACAGAGCAUCUUAAUACUUAUGACCGUUUAAUCAUUUUUGUACUAAAUCAUUAAGCAUCUGCCACGCAGUUGGUAUUCACUAAUGAAGAAAGUUCAUUAAGCUUGUGGUUCAGAUUGUGUUUGAUCUGAUGGAAAAUCUCCCUUAACUCGAUACGCAUACUACAACCGAUGUUUCCAUCAUUUUUGAGACACCAUCUUUUUCAUUCUUACAACCAAUGUUUCAAUCAAUUUUUGGCACACACCCUUCUUUAUCUUUUCCAUUGAUGAACAAUCGUCUGUAAUUAUUGAAAAGUACUUUAGACAUUUGAUUGUAAUUAAUUUGUAUGUAUGUGUUGUGUGCAAGCGAUUGAACAGUAUAAAAUGACUCAGAAAAUAAGAUU